AUGUUGGUUAAGGAUAUAUUUAUAGAGUUAAGGGAACGCCUUCGCUGUUGUAAUGUUUACAUCAUUACGAAUGUUGAUUUUAAGAAGGAUUGUAAUUUGAAAGUCAGCAUACAGUCGGACUGUAUUGUAUUAAAUUAUUAUGACAAUGAGGAUUAUAGACGUAGGGACAGUCUAUCGUCUAUUGAAAGUCUAUCGGAGUCUGAAGACGAUAAUGUCACUUGUACAAUACCUAUACAGGAGUUCUGCUCGAUUAUACCGAAUUCGAUGUCAUGUUUGAAGGUAGAUAAGAAUACUAUCACAUUUAGAAUACUAACCGAAGCAAAGAACGGUGGGAACUUUUAUAAAGAGCUCCUUGCACCGUUAAAAGAAAAUAGAAUUGAAUUGAACAAACUCAUAAUUAACUUAAAUUCAGGUGACGAAGUCAAGAUACUCUGUGCAAAUUGUCAAAAUGUCGUCUCAAAUGGUUUUAUUAAGUUUGAUCGUGUUUUGGAAUUGCCAACGUCAAAUUUGGAUAUGUCAGAAUGGUUCUGCCAUGGUCACGGGCAUACUUCGAACAUGCUAAAGCCUAGUAAACUAGAUUUUCUAUACCGACUCACAUUCUUUGUCAUCAACAAUAACCACUUAUCAGAGAAAACCAAUAAGUUUAACCAAAAACGGAGCGUGUAUCAUUGCAAUAGAUGCCUAGCGUGGUUGGGAUCAAAAGAGAAAAAUAAUGUGAAAUUAUACAACUCCGAAGUUAAAAUACAGCAUGGUACAGUAACUAAACAUGUUUUCAAACAUGUGUUCUCAACGACAGAUAUAAGUACAGAUGAUUUUAUUUAUACCAUAGAAUGUAUGACGAAGGAAUUCAAUUUGGGCUUACAGUACACAAUGAUGUGUAAAAUUGUUCUAGAAUGUGCAGUGACGGCGACAACAAAACAAUAUUUGCUCAUUUGGAUCAUGGAUAAAGAUUUGGAGGUGCUCCGCAAUUCAGACAUAAUAGAUACAAAUACAAUAGAACUGCAUUCGAGCAGACUUACUAAGUUGUUAUACAAAAUUGAGCCGUGUUUGAACGAUGAAGUUGAAACUUGGUUGACGGAUCCGAGCGUAGUGAAUACGGACAUAUCCAAGAGUAUGUUUUGUAACGGUCUCAAACAUUUGGAGAAUAUGUCGUUAAAAGUUCCAGAAUCCUUUAGAUUUACCAACGGGUACUCUGUGAGCUACUUAAAUGUCUAAUGGGAUUACUGCAAUGCUUUUUACGUUAGACUAUAGCGGGAUCACCAGCACAGACAGUAAAAAAAUAAGUAUGUGUGCUACUCGGGGACUGCCGCG